AUGGGGGGUGGUUGGAGUGUUUCAUGGCUUUCACUGGCGCUCGCGAUUGCCAACCAAUUGAAACCAAAUCAAAUGGAUAAGCACAUAGAAACUCUAGUGGUCUUAAUUCAAGACCCAACUUUAUGGACCCCUUCAAUGGCUCAAAAUAGUCCUUAUCUUAUACUGUUCCCUUUGUUUUUUGGUAAACCUUCUUUAGUAAGUUUAAGAAGCACUUCUCUCUCAAAAUGCAACAUGGCAACAGACACACGACCAUGGUGUUUUAAUGGACAGUACGUACGAUUUCUCGAGCUCCAUGAUUGA